UCCUCUGGUGCCUUCCAGUAGUCAUGUGGAAGGAAAAAGAUGAGGACGAGGCUUAUGGGAAGCCUGUUGAAUAUGAUCCAUCUUUCAGAGGUCCCAUCAAGAACAGGAGCUGCACUGAUGUCAUCUGUUGUGUCCUCUUCCUGGUGUUCAUUGCAGGCUACAUUGUUGUGGGAAUUGUUGCCUGGUUAUAUGGAGAUCCUCGUCAAGUUCUUUAUCCCAGGAACUCUACAGGGGCCUAUUGUGGGAUUGGAGAGAAUGAAAAGAAGCCAUACCUCUAUUACUUCAAUAUCAUGAGCUGUAUCGAAGCUACUAAUAUUAUUACUGUCACUUCGAAUGGAUUUCAGUGCCCUACUGCCCAGGUCUGUGUUUCUUCCUGCCCUGAGAAGUUCUGGGUAGUAAACCCUGAGCAGUUGUAUCAGACUGUGGAGGAUGUCUUCAAUUCAUCCAUGAUCUUCUGUCAGCCCAGUGUUGAUCCCCAGAUGAAAGUGAUUUCAAGUCUGCAGUUGGAGAUCUGCCCUGCUUUCCUCCUCCCCUCUAUUCCAGCUCUGGGCCGAUGUUUUCCUUCCGACAUUAAAUCCGUGGUUCUUCCUGAUUCGAACACAUUGAACACAACCAAUAUUACUCAAGGCAUCGAUGGUCUACUGAACACCCUUAAUGCCCGAGAAAUUAGCAUCAAGAUUUUUGAAGAUGUUGCACGGUCCUGGUACUGGAUCCUCAUUGCCCUGGCUAUAUCUCUGGUCUUGAGCUUGUUAUUUUUGCUGUUACUUCGACUUAUGGUGGGGCCCCUGGUGCUGGUGCUGAUUUUGGGGGUGCUAGGGGUUCUCGCAUAUGGGAUCUACCACUGUUGGAUGGAAUACAAGACACUUCGGGAUAAAGGAGCCCCCACCAUUUCCCAGCUGGGCUUUACCACCAACCUCGCCGCCUACAAAAAUGUGCAAGAGACCUGGCUAGUUGCCCUGAUUGUGGUCUCUGUGCUGGAAGGGAUCCUCCUGCUGCUUUUGAUCUUCCUCAGACAGAGGAUCCGGAUAGCCAUUGCUCUCCUUGAAGAAGCCAGCAAGGCUGUGGGACACAUGAUGUCCACCAUGUUCUACCCGCUGCUGACAUUUGUCCUCUUGCUCAUCUGUGUGGCUUAUUGGGCCAUGACAGCUCUGUAUCUGGCCACAUCUGGACAACCUCGAUAUGGAUGGUGGGCUCCCAAUUCCAGUGACCCAGGCUGUCAGGAUGUAGUCAUCAAUGAGACAUGUCAACCCCUGGUCAAUUUUUCCAGUCAACUCAAUUUCUCCAUCGACAAGUGCCCCGGGCUAACUUGUCAGUUCCUCGGUUACUCCUCUUCAGGGCUAGUCCAGCGUACACUAUUUAAUCUGCAGAUCUAUGGGGUCCUAGGAUUGUUUUGGACGAUCAACUGGGUGCUGGCCUUAGGGCAGUGUGUCCUGGCUGGCGCCUUUGCUUCCUUCUACUGGGCCUUCAACAAGCCCAAGGAUAUCCCUACCUGGCCCUUGGGAGCUGCUUUCAUAAGGACUCUAUGUUACCACACAGGGUCCCUGGCCUUUGGAGCCUUGAUCUUGACUCUAGUCCAGAUGGUGAGGGUUAUCUUGGAGUACUUGGAUCAUAAACUAAAAGGAGCCCAGAACCCCCUAACCCGAUGUCUUAUGUGUUGUCUCAAAUGCUGUUUCUGGUGUCUGGAGAAAUUCAUCAAAUUCUUAAACCGAAAUGCAUACAUCAUGAUCGCUAUCUACGGCAAGAAUUUCUGCGUGUCUGCUAAGAAUGCCUUCAUGCUGCUCAUGAGGAACAUUGUCAGAGUGGUCGUCCUUGAUAAAGUUACAGAUUUGCUGCUUUUCUUUGGGAAACUGCUGGUGGUAGCAGGAGUUGGUGUCCUCUCUUUCUUUUUCUUUACUGGCCGAAUCCCAGCCCUGAAGGAGGAAUUUCGUUCCCCCAACCUCAAUUACUACUGGCUCCCCAUCAUGAUCACUAUCCUUGGUGCUUAUGUCAUUGCUUCUGGCUUCUUCAGUACCUUCAGCAUGUGUGUAGAUACUCUCUUCCUUUGUUUCUUGGAAGACCAGGAGCGGAACGAUGGCUCCCCGGAGAAACCCUACUACAUGCCUAAGAACCUCAUGAAGAUUCUGGGGAAGAAGAACAAACGCCCCUCUGGGGAAAAGAAGAAACGGAAGAAAUGACCAGACCUGGCCUCAGAAGCUUUCUCCCCCGCCCCAAUCCCCAACCCCAUCCUCACCCCUGGGCUUCCAGGUAGAGAUUUUGUAAUCUGCAGAUUUUAUUAAAAACUGAUUCUUUUUUUCACAAA